GUACCGGUAAGAGAAAGCAACCAGACGCCAGUGGGGCUAACACUGGGUGCAGAGCAAGACAUGGAGGAACGUGGGACUCCCGACGGGGACCCAGCACGGAGCCUGGAGCAGGGGCCAGAGGGACCGGAAACGCCCAUCCAAGUGGUGCUCAGGGUGCGGCCGAUGAGUGCAGCCGAGCUGCGUAGAGGGGAGCAGAGCGCGCUGCACUGCUCAGGGACCCGGACUCUGCAGGUGAGUCCCCCGGGCGGAGGGCCCGACGUGGCGUUCCGUUUCGGUGCCGUGCUGGACGGGGCACGCACGCAGGAGGACGUGUUCCAGGCGUGCCGCGUGCGGCGCCUGGGCGAGCUAGCACUGCGCGGCUUCUCCUGUACUGUCUUCACCUUCGGCCAGACCGGCUCUGGGAAGACCUACACGCUGACCGGACCUCCUCCGCAGGGGGAAGGGAUGCCAGUGUCCCCCAGCCUGGCGGGCAUCAUGCAGAGGACCUUCGCCUGGCUCUUAGAGCGGGUGCAGCACCUGGGUGCCCCCGUCACCCUCCGCGCUUCCUACCUGGAGAUUUACAAUGAGCAGGUUCACGACUUACUGAGCCUGGGGUCUCCUCGGCCCCUCCCAGUACGCUGGAACAAGUCUCGGGGCUUCUAUGUGGAACAGCUGCGGGUGGUGGAGUUUGGGAGUCUGGAGGCCUUGAUGGAGCUACUUCAGAUGGGUCUCAGCCGUCGACGGAGCUCUGCUCACACCCUGAACCAGGCUUCCAGCAGAAGCCACGCCCUGCUCACGCUCUACAUCAGCAGGCCAGCUUCCCAGAAGGUGCCUCCUGUGGACCCUGGGGAGCCCCCUGUGGGUGGGAAGCUGUGCUUUGUAGACCUGGCAGGCAGUGAGAAGGUGGCAGCCACAGGAUCCCGUGGAGAGCUGAUGGUAGAGGCCAACAAUAUCAACCGCAGCCUGCUGGCCCUGGGGCACUGUAUCUCCCUGCUGCUGGACCCACAGCGGAAGCAGAGCCACAUUCCUUUCCGAGACAGCAAGCUCACCAAGUUGCUGGCAGACUCACUGGGGGGGCGUGGGGUCACCCUCAUGGUGGCCUGCGUGUCCCCUUCAGCCCAGUGCCUUCCAGAGACUCUCAGCACUCUGCGCUAUGCAAGUCGAGCUCAGCGGGUCACCACCCGGCCACAGGGCCCUAAGCCCUCCGGGAUGAAGCAACCCCAGAAUGUGGAGGCUGAGAUCCUGCAGCUCCGGGAGGAGAACCGUUGCCUGCGGCUUCAGCUGGACCAAAUGGGCAGCAAGGGGUUCCAGGGAGCCCGAAUGGCCUGGGCCCAGCGGAACCUCUAUGCCAUGCUGCAGGAGUUCAUGCUGGAGAAUGAGAGGCUCAGGAAAGAGGUGAGCCAACUGCAUAGUAGCCGGGACCUGGCCCGGGGUGAGCAGCGAGUCCUGGCCCAGCAGGUCCAUGAACUGCAGAGGCGCCUCCUGUCUGUCUGCACACUUCACCAGCCAGCGCCUGCCCCAGCUCCACCAUGCCCCUGCUUGGUGAUGCCGGCUGCCCCCUGCCGUGCAUUGCCUCCUCUCUGCUCCUGCCCCUGCUGUCACCUCUGCCCUGUGUGCCUGGCACCCUUGGCCCGUUGGGCCUGUCCACAACAGGAGUGCCACGUGCCCCAGGUGCUGGACCCAGAGACCCCUAGAGGUAUGCCGCUGUCUUCACAGCCCCCACCCUGGGCACCUCCAUGCAGCCCUGGCUCUGCCAAGAUCCCAGGAGAGAGGAACCACAGCGACUGGACCCAGACUGGAGUCCUGGCCGAGAUGCUGACUGGGGAGGAGGUGGUCCCCUCCGCCCCACCCUUGCCCUCGGGAUCCCCAAAUGCACCACCAAUAUUGAGAGGUGCAGCCAGGAUCCCCAACCUGGCCCAGAGACUGGAGGCCCUCAGACACCAGAUUGGAAGCUCCCUGCGAAGGGGCCAGAGCCAGCCACCCCCCAGCGAGGGCACGAGUGGCCCAGGCCGAGGCUUCCCUCCCUGCUGAAGGCGAAGUAGAAACACAGAGGCUGCCUGGCUCUGCCCUCUGGGGCCUCAGUGUCCUCGUCUGAAGAUGGGGACAGCCAAGUGUGGGUGGAUGCCUUUUGUACCUGCUUGGGGAAGAACACAUUUCUCCCAAUCAUUAUCGGCCUUAAAUGGUAACGUCCAAAGCACUCUGUGAUUGCCUUACUAAAAGCAACGGAGGAGCAGCUGGGCUUGUAGGAGAGCACUAGGGGUGGGGACUUGGGGAUCACUUGGAGGUUGCUACUGCCACUGCAGGUAUAAAAGUAAGCUGGGACUCAAGAGAAACCAGGUGGCAAGUGAUAAAGUGUAUAAAUUAAGAGUGAUCCA